AACCGGAAACCGGCUUCUCUCUUCCCCGGUCCCUUUGGUUUUUUCCAUUUCCUUCCGUACAUUCAAACCUUUCUUCGAUACACUCGAGUUCACAGAAAGUGAGUAUCCCCCAAAAUUUCUCUCUGAAUCCCAACAGAUCACCAUACUCAGAAUCCAAAACCCUAGGUCCGACAUUCACAAUCAUAGAUACAGUUUUCUAGAGAGAGAAAAAUUGUUGAUUUUCAGAUUAGAGUGUAUUUGUAUGAGAGAGAGAGAAUUCUGAUUGGAGCCCUAGAAAUCCGCAGCAGUGAUGGCGUCGUCGAAGGUGAUGGCGUCUUCGACUUCGAGAAAUUCGGAUCAAAGACGAAGGUCUUCGUCUUCAGCAUCUACAAAAUCCUCAUCGAUCUCCGAUCUCCACAACCACAAAAAUCACAACAAUAACAAAAUCAACAACAAAAACAUAAACAAUUUAGGCUCAAUGACCGUCGAUGGCCUUUUGAGGAACGUCUAUGGCGACAAUCAACCCGCAGACAACACAUUGCUCGACGCCGAGAUCACUUUAUUGGAUGCCGCCGGAGCUGUGACGGCGAUCAGCGAUAACGACGGCGGAGAGGCUCCGACGAUGACGAACAAGACGGUGGAUGAUGUGUGGAAGGAGAUCGUGGCUGGCCGGAGUGUGAGGAGGGAGUGUAAGCAGGAGGCUCCGGAUGAGAUGAUGACUUUGGAGGAUUUUCUGGCGAAGGCUGAGGCGGUGGAGGAGGAGGAGGAUGUGAAGGUGGAGCCGGUGGUGGCGCCGGUGGAGAGAUUGAGCGGAGGGAUGUUUGCGUUUGAUCCGAUGCCGCCGUUGAGUUCGUUUCAAUCACAGCAAAGUGUUGAUAGCGUGAUAGGGUUUGGAAAUGGAGUGGAUGGGAUUGGAGGGAGAGGGAAGAGACGAGCUGUUUUGGAGCCCAUGGAUAAGGCUGCUCAGCAGAGACAGCGGAGGAUGAUUAAGAACAGAGAGUCUGCGGCCAGGUCGAGGGAGCGAAAGCAGGCUUACCAAGUUGAACUAGAAUCUUUAGCUGUGAAAUUAGAGGAGGAAAAUGAAAAGCUGCUGAAAGAGAAGGUAAAAUCAUAUAAUAUUUGAGAAUGAUCUAGAAUUGUUUUUGCCUGUUAGGCCUAAUUUCUAAAUAAUUGGAAAUUGUUGAAUAGUAUUGGUGAGUAUGUUAAUAAGUUUGGGGUUUAUUUGUUGGAUUUAUUUCAUUUUGAUGUAACACAUUGCUAAAUUGCUAAAGCAGAAUAGGCUUUUACAAACAAUUGGAUGAAGCGAUAUUUCAUUAAUGAUUAGAACUUUCCUGGCCAUCUAAUUAGAGGAUGUCAUGUAGCAAUCAUGUUCAAUAAUGAAGUUAGAUUUUACGUUUGCUUUUGGGCCUCGCAUAUUUAUUUGAGAUGCAUGUGCUUCCCGACAAGAACUGUCAUUUCAGCUUGUCAAAACUUACUUCCUCAGAUAAAGAGUUCUAUCAAUUACAAUGGAAACCAACACAAUUUUUCUUAUUUGGUCAUGUCACUAGUCUACUUUAACCAAAACUGAACCAUCUUAAUCAGUAUUCUCUAAUAAUCUAUUUGUCAUGUUAUUGUUGCAUCUGGUACGGCCGUUUGCUGCCCUAUCUUCAAUAUUCUCAUUUGCCUCAAUAUCCUCUUGCUUCUUACCUGUAACUUAUGGAUACGUCAUUUCUUGCUUGCCAUAUUUCUUUCUUUUAUAUUUGUACUUCUUGGUUGCUUGAAAUUAUGUGACGCAAAGCCUAGUUGUUUUUAUUAGAUGUAGGAUGAUGUUACUAAAAUUUUGAGGGGUAUCCACUUGUUUUAAAAGGAGUUUCUUUGGUGCGCUACAAGGCGAGAUGCACCCAAAAUGCAUCGAAGCAUUGAAGUUUAAGUGAUUCACCUAUUAUGUGUACACCUUUAUGAUAACACAUUUGCCUCGUGUAAAAAAAGCCGAACCUUUCGUGCAUAACGUGUUAAGACGUACAAAUGAAAAUUGCAAGUGAAUCGUCUAGUUCAUGAGACAAAGCGGUUUGAAUCAGUUAAAACUACUGAAAUUGUGCUAAACCAGGUGGUUUGAACUGCAUAAAAGCUCAUCAUUAUGUUGUGCAAAGUAACCCAACAUAUGCUGCCCACGUGUCCAACAGGUGUAGUAAUCCAUAGCCUUUUACCUCAUACAUCUUCGUCUCUUGCUUGAUGUGGGACUCCAAACAAAAUCUAAGUUUCAUAACUUGUUUUUAUUGUGUAAUAAUGUUUGCCUCAAAAGGCAUGUAAACCAGCGAUGUGGGAUUCAUUACAACUUUUUUUGUCUUUUUGUUUUUCUUGGUGACUGAUCAAUUGACCUGAACAAGAUUGGUGAAUUACGUCUAUAUACACAUUGAAAAAACGUGAGAAAUAUCAAUCUAUUAAUUAAAAAUAAAAUGUGAAAAAAUAUCAAGUAAAAAUGCACCUAUAUUGAUAUAUUAAUUAAAGCAUUCGGAUCCUCUGGAGUCUGUGUUUCCUGCAGUUUUUGUGGAGUGAACAAAAUGACAUCAUUUUACUUUCAAGACCAAAAAAAUAAAAUAAAUAAAAAUAAAAACAGAACGUAGAGAAAGAGGAGAAGACUGCUAGAAAUCUGCUGGAAGAGGCAGACUGCCGGAGCAAUCUACAUCACCAACCCCAGCCUUGCCAGCCGACCUCUUCCUCCUCGUUCUACGCAGUCUGCCGCCUCCAUUCUCUCCUCCUUGUCCUUCGCUUCUUUGGUGUGACCUUAAGGUCCAUAACGGAAUGGCCCCACUCCACCUCCGCUGGUGCCCCACUCUGCCAGAGAAUCUGUCUCUUGUGCCUCUCUGUGCCUCCUCCUCCUUAUUCUUCCCCCAACUCCCUAGAUCUAGGGCUUUCAAAGAUCAAUUUGAAUACAUACAUAUACACAUAUACAUCUAUAUGUAUAACUUUCUCACAUCACCACCAGAUUUGAACAAUUUUUUAUAUUGUGAAAGGAGGCGUAGUGCUAGACGAACUGAGUACAGUCGGCGCCGCUGUUUCUGAAAACCUAGGUUUUUCAGAUUGGGGGAAGAAGAAGGAGAAAAAGAAGAAAAAAAAGGAGAAGGACGGGGAGGAGAGAAGGGGUGCAGAAGAAGGCAUAGAAGGGAUGGAGGAGGAUAAGCGCAAGGAGAAGGACGGCCGGAUAUGGCUCUGGCGGCAGUAGGUGAAGGAGUGGCCACCGGCGUCUACCUCUCUCUUUCGUCCUUCAUUCUGCGUUCUCUUAACCUUUUUUUUUUCUUCUACCUUGAAGUAAAAUGACGUCAUUUUGUUCACUUCACAAAAACUGCAGGAAACGAUGUCAUUUUGUUCUCUUUAACUCUUUUAUUUAUUUAUUUAUUUAAUUUUUAUUUAAGUAAUACAGUAUUUAAAAAAUAUAAAAUAAAAAUUCAAAACAAAUGGUUUAUGCCUCAACACCUCUGGACUUGUCUCACGACGGGUAAAAAGCAUCUCUCCUUGUGCAUUCGCCUUUGAAAACUUCACUCUCUGAUAAUUUUGGUUCUCUGUUUCUCCUAUAUCUGCACUGCACCAAUACUUGCCAUCUUGAGUCACUAUGACAAGAAGGAAAUAUUGCAUAGACCACAAAAGAAUUUAGUGAACCAAGAAUGUAGUCAAAUGUGGUGAUUCAGUGGUGUCCUUUCUCCGUGGAUAUAAUUCUUGUAGUUAAAUAUGGUGAUUCAGUAGUUAAAACUUUACUUUCUUGGUUCACGAUACUGCAUGGUAACUUAUGAAGUGUAUUUGUUGGCAAUUUGUAUGCUGAAGACCAAAGAAGCUUUUGUUUGUGACUCAUGAAAUUUUAUUUUGCAACUGUUCAUGUCCUGUCCAGCUUCUUCUAAUGGAGUAUAAAUGAAUUGCAUUUGGAUUACGAGCAAGUACUUAAGCUGAAGAAUGAAUAUGAGCCUUGUUAAGUUUCAGUUAGUUAGGGAAAUGGUUUUUGCUAAAAAAAAGUGGUUAACCAUGAAAUUUUUUGUUCCUACAUGGACUGUAGGUCUGUAUUUGUCAAUGAAUUGGGGAAGCAGAAGUUGAAUUUCUCAAUUUUGUUUGACAGCCUUACUUUCUGGUUUUGCAACAUUGUAUAUAAUCUCUAUAUUUUUUAUGUUCAAGAGUGAGCCUGCAAGAGCGGAUGGGCUGGAGUGUGUGCUAUCCAUCUUGGGAUUUUUAUUAUAUUCCUUUGGUGGCAACUUCAAAAUAUGUUGUUUAUUGUUCUUUAUUGUUUGAAACCUAUGAACUAACAAAUGAUUUUCGAAUGCAGGCAGAGCGACACUAGGGAAAGAUUAGCAGGUAUGAAAUUAAAUCUGCUACCUGGGCUCUCUCGCUUAUCAUUGUUAUUAUGGAAUAUAGUCUUGAGAGCUAUGGCGGUUUUGUGAAUGUUAUUUUUUAUUGAUUUCUAAUUUUAAGUUUUGUAUCUCACAUGAAUGUGACUUUGUUUUUAGAGUAUUCCAAAAUAAAAUUUUGAAGAAAGGACAGAGUUUAACCUCAUGUUAUAUUGGAUGAACAAAAUAUUGUUGAAGAUGUAUUAGGUUUUCGUAUAGGCUUGGCAAAAUAGCUUUCUGAAUUUCUAGCCAAUCUCAUACAAUGAACUGUAUUUAAAUCGAUGAUAUACAUUUUCAUCUUUACCAUCGUUACCCUCGUGGAUUUUGACAAGCCCAUAUGUGACAUCCCAGGGGAAUCCACAAUUAUAUUAGUCCCACUUUAGUUCUGUAGUGUAUUGUGCAUUGUAAAUCUUUUUUCUUUAUCCAUUUGCCGUGUGGCUUCUGUCAUUUAGUUCUUUCUUCUGUUACUGUAGCCACAACUAUUUUUCUGUUUGCUUAUCUGAUAUAACUUUGGUAUCUUUUUUAUACAAUCACUGUUUUUGUGCUUUGAAUACCUUACCUUAAUGACCUAUUAGGUCCUUGCAUAAAAUAAUUUGCAGCUUCCAUUCAAUGUAAUCAAGGUGAGAGAACAGUGUAGGGUAAAGACCCAAAACACCAUGUAAAAGAAGAGAGAAAGGGGAAGAUGUGUAAGAACCUAGAGAGAGAAGCUUGGGAGAUAGAAGAAGAAUAGAGAAUGAUGAAGAAGAAAAUUGGAGGUAGAGGGAGACAGAUAGCAGUGACAUUAGGGAUUAUCAUGAUAAAUAUUUUAUAUAUAUUUAAUAAAUAUUUUUCCCUCUAUUGAAAGCUGCAUACGUCUGUAGUGAGACUAAAAUUUCAUGUUAGAUGUUGUUGAAAUCAAUUAACAAAAGAUAUGGAGAUGAAUUUUGAUUAGCAUAUGUGUCAAGUAUUGCUGCUUCUGCAAUUUAUGUAGUCCAAGGUUGUAGGAUGGAGUUACCUAUGUGUUGCCAUGUUGGAAUGAAAAUUUAUUAAGUCCAAGAUUGUAUGGUCGAGUUUCCUGCAAUUUAUUAAGUCCAAGGUUGAUGUUAAUCUUCUCAUUGUCAAUCAUGAAUAUCAAUUUUUGUGUGCUGGUAAUGUAAUGCCAAUAGUUGGGGAGGAAUGAAUAGUGAACUUGAUUUGUGAAGGCAAUGCCGGCUUACCUUAUUAUUUGCCUAGUUUUUCAUGCUAAAACAAUUUAGACAUUGAGCGAUGAUUUUGUUACAAAUAAACUAAUAGAUAAGAGGAACAUAAACAAUCUUCUAUAAUCUUCUUUGCAGCUCAUGGAAAAAGUUGUUCCAAUUGUGGAGAAGCGAAGACCACCACGUGUACUGCGGAGAGUCCACUCCAUGCAAUGGUAGUAAUUUAUUUACUCCCAUGUGAUCUAUGGGAUAAAAUAGAAAUUCUGUUUUUUAUGCAUGGUAGAAGGCGAGGCAAGGCAGCAUCUUUUUUGGAAAAUUAUUUUUGGUUGAGACAAAUCAUUCAACCAACCAGCAGAUAAUGUUUCUCCGCUACAAUGAAAAAGCCUAUUCAUUACAAUCUCAGUGAUGAAAUAUGUUAUUACUGAAGACUGGAGGAUGAUUUCUCUCUGAUGAUAGCAUUGAGAGAAGUGUUCACUCUUCUUUUUUCUUUUUUCUUUUUUUUUGGGUAGUUAGCAGGUAUUGUAAUACAGGCCUCAUGUCCCAGAGGAUGCUGGACUGGUAUAUUGUAUUUAUAUGUUAACAGGGUUAUGUCUCAGUGUUUAUGACAAAAAUAUAGGGUUGGUGAAUAGUGACUGGUUUUACUUUCUUGGACCGUGUAUUAUAUAACAUUAUUUUGCAGAAUCUGUAUUUAUUGGUUAAUGCUUCGUUA